GUACAAUUCGGAUGUGUUGCUUUUGUGUUUUUGCAUUCUUCAUAAAUAUAUAAUAACAUAUUUGAUGCGACUGGGGUCAUUCAGAACUGAGAGCAAACAUGGAAUUACUGCAGAGUGCACACUGAGCCUUCAAAAUCAUCGCUAAAAUAAAGGCUGAUGGACACCCCAAAUCAGAACCCCUUUGCAGGCACAGGAUCACUCUACAGGAUGGCUCAAAUGAUGCACUCUGGUCCGAACAGAAGCAGACCUACAGAGUUUAGCAUGAGCUACUCUAAAACAAAGAAAACGAGGAAGAGUCAUUUUCAGUUGCCUUUGGCUGAACAGAACAUGAACAACUGCAACAACAAUGAUGGCAAAAAAGAUGACAAGAAAGAAGAACCCAAAAAUGAGAAGAAAGAUGAGAAGAAGGCAGAACCUAAGAAAGAUGACAAGAAAGAUGACAAGAAAGACGACAAGAAAGAUGAUAAGAAAGAUGACAAAAAAGAUGAUAAAAAGGAAGAACCAAAAGAGGUGUGGAUCAUGGACCCUGCCACAGAUACAUACUACUACUGGUUAUGCACCAUAUCCGUCCCUGUCUUCUACAAUCUGAUUUUGCUGGUAGCCAGGGCUUGCUUCAAUGAACUGCAGAAUAACAACACCGUAAUGUGGAUCGUGUUGGACUACACCUCGGACGCCCUCUACCUCGUGGACACUUUUGUGAGAGCCAGAACGGGUUUCCUUGAGCAAGGCCUGCUCAUAAGAGAUGAGAAGAUUCUGAAGGAAAAGUACAUGAAAACACGUCAGUUUCAACUGGACAUCAUAUCCAUAAUUCCUACUGAUGUUGUAUUCAUUCAUAUUGGACUGAACAAUCCCGAGUGGAGGUUCAAUCGCCUCUUUAGGUCAGCUCGGCUCUUUGAGUUCUUCGACCGAACCGAGACUCGCACCAACUUCCCAAACAUCUUUCGAAUUGCUAAUCUUGUGCUUUACAUCAUCAUCAUCAUCCACUGGAACGGUUGCAUCUAUUUCGCAAUUUCUAAGGUUCUCGGCUUUGGCACGGACACGUGGGUUUAUCCGGCAACAAAGAAUGAAGACUUUCAACGUCUCACCAGGCAGUACAUAUACUGCUUCUAUUGGUCCACUCUGACUUUGACCACCAUUGGGGAGACGCCACCGCCCGUCCGUGAUAUCGAGUACUUCUUUGUUGUGGCCGACUUCCUCACCGGGGUUUUGAUCUUUGCUACAAUCGUAGGCAAUGUGGGUGCCAUGAUAUCCAACAUGGGUGCCGCUCGAGUGGAGUUUCAGGCCAAGAUCGACUCCAUCAAGCAGUACAUGCAGUUUCGAAAGGUUUCGAAAGACCUUGAGGCCCGAGUGGUCAAGUGGUUCGAUUACUUGUGGACAGAGGAGAAAACAUGUGAUGAAAAGCAGGUGCUCAAAAAUCUCCCGGAUAAACUCAAAGCUGAGAUCGCCAUCAAUGUUCAUCUGGAAACCUUGAGUAAAGUGCGAAUUUUUCAAGAUUGCGAGGCGGGUUUGCUUGUGGAGUUGGUCCUCAAACUUCAACCCCAAGUCUUUAGUCCUGGCGACUACAUCUGUAAGAAGGGGGAUAUCGGGAGAGAAAUGUACAUUAUCAAGGAAGGGAAGUUAGCGGUGGUGGCAGAUGAUGGGGUCACCCAGUUUGUGGUCCUCAGCGAUGGAGCCUACUUUGGAGAAAUUAGCAUUUUGGGUAUCAAAGGGAGUAAGGCGGGGAAUCGAAGAACGGCCAACAUCCGAAGCGUGGGUUACUCGGACCUGUUUGCCUUAUCCAAGGAUGACCUGAUGGAGGCGCUAACAGAGUAUCCCGACGCCAAGAAUGCACUGGAAGACAAGGGACGAGCCAUUCUGAUGAAAGACAACCUCAUUGACGAGUCGCUUGUGGCAGCUACCGACGCCAAAGACUUUGAACUGAAAGUGAACGUGGUCGAGUCCAGCCUGGAAAUCAUGUCACUAAAACUGAAGAAGCUGACGGAACAUCAUGAAUCAUCACAGCGCAAGCUCAAACAACGGCUCAGAAAUUUGACUAACCAGGUCCGGCUCAUCAAUGUAGCUGAUGAAUAGGAUGAGCUUAGGUGCGACGUCUACUUAGCAAUUGCUCUUUGUAUAUUCUUAAUAUGCAACUUCAUGAAAUGUUUAGGAAUAAAGGUUGGUUCG